UCAUGGAUUAACAGAUAUCUUACUUCUAAACCCAAUAAUUCCUAGAACCAAAUCAAGAUCCUCAUAAAUCUUAAAGAUCUAAAUCCAAUACAAGAGAUCUAUUAACAUCUCCCAAUAUUGUUUAUGUCACAAGAACUAUUCAAUAAUAAAAUACUUAACCACCUAUUAGAUUAGAAACUCAAUAGUUGAAACCUUCUUCAUCUUAAUAUAAUAUUAAGGUUUAAGAUAUAGUUAAAGUGAUGGAGCCAUCUAGAGAGGAACUUGAAUUUUAUAAAAAUAAAUGUUCCUUAUAUGAAAAAUAAAUUCAAGAACUUACAAAUGAAAUCCAUAGACUCAAAAGUACUUGUCAAGAGAAAGUCACUUAUAUUGAAGACACCCAUAGAAUAUAACAAUUAGAAACUAAUUUAUAAUAAUAUUAAAUUGAAUUAAAUAGAGUAAAUACUCUUCUAAGAGAAACUACAAAUGAAUCAGAAUAAUUAAAAAUCAAAGUAACUCAAAUGAAUUAAUAAUUUAUGGCAUUUCAAUAACAUUAAGUUGAAUAUGAGAGAAUUAAAAAGAGUUCUUAAGACAAUGAACAAUAUUGGUAAAAUGAAAUAUAAAGAUUAAAUGUACUUGUUUCUUAAAGUUAAUCAUAAUUAUAAUAAAUGCAAAAAACUUUAAUUGAAACCAAAAAAUAUGAACAAUCAUAUAUGUAAUAAUAAUAAGUCUAAGGAUAAUUGACUACUGAACUUGAAAGAAUUACAAUUCUACUUAAACAGAAAUCAGAAGAAUAUGAUCAAUCUAAAUAAACAUAUAUUAAAGAAAUUGAGAUUUUAUCUAAACGUUUAAGAGAAUCUGAAUUAGAAAUUUAGGAUUUAAAAAAUAGAGAAAUUAAUUAUAAAUAAAAUAUUGAUAAUUAAUUAAGAGAGAAUCAAAAUCUUUAAGAUAAAUAUAUGAAUGAAAUGUUAAAUAAAAAUGAAGAAAUAUCUAAAUUAUAAUCUAUUAUUUAAACUCUUCAAAUGACUUUAUAAGAUACUUCUAAAUAUCAAGAAUAUGAAAUUAGAUCAAAAUUAUAAAAUGAAGAAAUUAAUAAUCUUAAUUAAAGAAUAAGAAUAAAAUAAGAUGAAUUAGAUAAGUAUAAAUAAUAACUUAUGUUUUAUUAAAAUUAAUUAUAAGAAUAUUAAAAAUAUACAGAUUAUGAAAUUAAAUAUUAAAAUUUAGCAUAAGAAUUUGAUAGAGUCAAUAAUUCAUUAAUGAUUAAAUUAUAAGAAAAUGAUCAAUUAAGAAAUUGUAUAUCUAAAUUAUAGAUAACACUUAAUGAUCAUUAUAAAGUAGAAGAUUAUGAAAAUAAAAUUGGAUUAUAAAAUUAAGAAAUUGAUAGAUUACAUUAAAGUCUUUAACAUAAAGUUGAAGAAAUAGAUAGACUUACUAAUGAAUAUAAUAGAAUGUCUUCUUAAUUAAGAUAAAAAAAUGAUGAAUUAGAAAAUUUUAAAUACAAAUUAUAAGAUAUAACAUAAUUGAAGGAAUAUUAAUAGAAAUUUACUUUACUUAGUACAGAAAUUGAGAGAUUGACUAUGCAAUUAAGAAGUAAGAAUGAAGAAAUUGAAAAAAUUAGAUUACAAUUUUCAUAAUUUUAAUUGAGUGAAGCAAAUAAAUUAAAAGAAUUGGAAUAAAAAAAUGUUGUUUAUUCUAAUGAAAUAGAGAGAUUGAGUAAUCUUUUAAAAAUUAAAUUAUAAGAGAUAGAAUCAAAUAAAAUGAAUAUCAAAUAGUUAUAAGAAGAAUGUGACAGUUAAAAAAUUAAAUUAAUCACUUAAAUGGAUGUUACUACUUAUAAUGAAAAAAUUACAUAAUUAUCUUAAGAAGUUGAUUCUUGGAAAAUCUAAUUUAUUAAUUUAAAUAGAGAAUAUCAUAAAUAGUAAGAAUAACUAAUUUUAUCAAAUGCUGAAUUAGAUACUUUUAAGAAAUAGAAAAAUGGAUCUUUUAAAGUAUAUUAUUAUAUUUAUCUAUUUUUAGGUUGAAUCAUAUGAAAUUGUCAAAGAGAAUCAAAAUUCUAAAAUUUCAUCAUAUCAAUAUGGAACAUUAGCAAAUAGGAAUUUAUGA